CUCUGAACAGACGUGAAGCAGUAGCCUACGGACAGUUCAAUGGAAACAAAAAAAAAACAUUGUUUUCCUUAAGGAACAUUUCUGUGAGUAAUUGGAAAGGAGUGAUCCCAGAUCAGGUGUCCAUCAUGGCAAGUCGCCUGACACUUCUUCUGUCUGCUCUGGAAGAUUUGAGGUCGAAAGAGCUGAAGAAGUUCAGACUGUACCUGAGUGAGGGGGCGCUGGAGGGCUUUGCUCGCAUGCCGAGAGGGAAGCUGCCGGAGGACAGUGAUGCCACAGACAUUGCCAGUCAGAUGACAGAGAUGUAUGGCAGUGAAGACUCGCUGAAGAUCGCGCUUCAUAUUCUGAGAGACAUAAAACAUAAUGAGCUUGCUGCAAGACUAGAGGGAGAGCUGGAGAGGACACGGACACAUGCACAGGGUCUGAGCAGUCAGCAGGAUGUCUCUCCAAGUGAUAAACGAAAUGAAUAUGAGAACACAAUCAAAAAGGUCAGUGAACAAAACAAGAGGCGAUUGAGGCGGAAGUUUGAAAAAAUGUUUGAAGGCACAGAAGAGCGAGAGAACCGGAGAUAUCUCAAUGAGAUCUACACCGAGCUCUACAUCAUAGAAGGGGAGAGUGAAGGGGUGAACACUCGACAUGAGGUCCGGCACGCGGAAAUACAAUCCAGAAAAGAAGAGGCAAAUGAGUCAAUGAUAAAAUACAAUGACAUUUUUCAUUGUUCCCCUGGGCAUAGAAACAUUAGAACAGUCAUAACUCAAGGUGUUGCUGGUGUUGGCAAAACAGUGUCUGUGCAGAAAUUCAUUUUGGACUGGGCAGAGGGUAAAGCCAAUCAGGACAUCGAUUUCAUCUUUGUAUUUCCUUUUCGGGAGCUAAAUUUGGUUAUCCACGAUGAGUACACUCUCUUGCGUCUCCUGCUCGACUUCCAUCCUGAAUUAAGGGAUGUGGUUGAUGAGAAGCUGUAUUAUGAGUCUAAGAUCGUAUUCAUCUUUGAUGGUCUGGAUGAGAGCAAACUGCCUCUUAACUUUUUGGAAAACAAGAAUUUUUCUGAUGUAAGAGAGACCACGUCAGUGGACAUGCUGAUUACUAACCUAGUUAGGGAGAAUCUCCUGCCUUCUGCCUACAUUUGGAUAACAUCCCGACCAGCGGCUGCCAGUCAGAUUCCCCCUGAACAUGUAGACCGGUGGACAGAGAUAAAAGGGUUCAACAACCAGCAGAAGAAGGAGUACUUCAAGAACAAAAUCCAGAACCCGACAGAAGCUGACCAAGUUGUCACACAAAUAAAGAGAUCCAGAACCCUCUACGUUAUGUGUCACAUACCAAUUUUCUGCUGGAUUUUGGCCAGUGUGCUUCAAAAGGUGCUGAGUCAGGAUGGUGACAGAAAAGUUCCUCAAACUCUGACAGAAAUCUUUAUCCAUUUUCUGCUAAUUCAGCUGAACAGGAGGAAUCAGAAGUAUGACCGGAUUGAAAGAGACCAAAAGAAACUCUGGGAGUCAAACAAAGAUGUGAUCCUAAAGUUUUCAGAGUUGGCAUUUAAACAGCUGGACAAGGGUAACAUCUUGUUUACUGAGGAGGACUUGAUAGACUGUGGAAUUGAUUUUAAUGAAGACCUAGAGAAGUCUGGAAUUUGCACUGAGUUUUUCACUGAGGAAGUCCUGAUGCAGAAGAAAAAGGUUUUCUGCUUCAUUCACCUGAGUUUUCAGGAGUUCCUGGCAGCUGUUUUUGUGUUAUAUUCCUUUGUUAGCAUGAACAUGAAGACCCUUCUGCACCAUCACAUUCACGGAAAGAAGCUGCACCAUAUUCUAAGGAGUGCCGUGGAUAAAUCCUUGCAGUGUCAUAAUGGACACCUUGAUCUUUUCCUCCGCUUCCUUUUGGGCUUAUCACUGGAGUCUAAUCAGAAACUUUUUCAAGGACUGCUGAUGCACACAGACAGCAGCUCAAAUAGUGUCAGCAUAACAGUCAGGUACAUCAAGGAAAUCAUAAGCAGUGGCCGCUACUCUGCAGAGAGAUGUAUGAACCUCCUCCUCUGCUUGCUCGAAAUGAAGGACAACUCUCUUGAAAGAGAGAUCCUGCAGUUUGUGACCUCGGGAGAAAUGCUCUCGCCUGACCAGUGCUCAGUUUUGGCCUACAUGCUUCUGAUGUCUGAGAACAAACAGGAUGAGUUUGACCUGGGGAAGUACAAGACCACAAAAGAGGGUCGCAAAAGGUUGAUUGUUGCAGUGGGGGCCUACAGGACAGCAAGACUUGUCUGCUGUGAUCUCACCACGGCAUCCUGUGAACCCAUAACGUCUGUGCUCCAGGCGGAAAAUUCACCCUUGAGAGAGCUGGACCUGGGUGGAAAUUGUUUGAAGGACGAGGGAGUGCAGCUGUUGUCUGAUGGGUUGACCCACACAAAUUGCAAAUUGGAGGCACUGAGACUUGCUGGCUGUGGUCUUACCAACACAAGCUGCAAAACUGUGGCCUCAGUCCUUCGCUUACAGCACUCACACCUGAGGGAGUUGGACCUGAGCAACAACAGCCUGAACAAUGCUGGACUGGAGGAGCUGACCACUGCACUGUUGCACUCCAACUACAAACUUGAGAAACUGGGACUUGCCUAUUGUGAUCUCACGUCUAGCUCUUGUGGAAUUCUGUCCUCUGUGUUGGAAUCAGCAAACUCACGCCUGAGAGAUCUGGACCUAAACAACAAUGACUUGUGGGACCAUGGAAUAAAGGUGUUGUCCAGUGCCAUGAGUCAUCCAAACUGUAAACUGGAAACAUUGAGGCUCUCUGGUUGUCUCGUCUCUGGGCAGGGUUGUGAGAGUCUGGCCUCCGCUCUUUGGUCAAAUCCCUCCCACCUGACAGAGCUUGACUUGAGCUACAAUCACCCAGGAGACUCAGGAGUCAAGGCACUCUCAAGGCUUCUUCAGGACAAAGAGUGCAAACUGGAGAAACUGAAUGUUGAUUACAAUGAAAAACGUUGGCUGAAAGCAGGUCUACGGAAAUAUGCCUGCAAGCUCACACUCGACCCAAACACAGCACAUGCCCUUCUCUCGCUGUCUGAAGAAUGCAAAAAGGUGGUGCGUUCGCGAGAGAAACAUUCAUAUCCUGACCACCCAGAAAGAUUUGAGGAGUUUGCCCAAGUGUUGUGCACAGAAGGCCUAACUGGGCGCUGCUACUGGGAGGCCGACCUGGCCGGAAUAGUUUCUAUCGGGAUGGCUUACAAAAGCAUUAGCCAAAAAGGUGAUGACAGCCAGCUUGGAUUCAACGACAACUCCUGGAGUAAAAAAUGUUACCCAUUCAGAAAACAUGCUUCUUCCUCUAGCCUCUUGUUGUCCUACGAACGAGUUGCAGUGUAUCUUGACUGGACUGCUGGCAUGUUAUCUUUCUAUGCAAUCAAUGGCUUUGACCUGAAACAUGAGCGCACAUUGUAUUCUGAGUUCACCGAGCCCCUCUAUCCAGGGUUUGAGCUUCUGUACCACGACCUCCUAGACGCCUCAGUUUUCUUGCGGUAGAUGAACUGGCCCUCAGAGACCUCCCUGCCACAACUUUGUGACCCCUAAAAUUGUUCUAAUUUUCCAGUUUAGUUGUAGAUGAACUGUGUUGCUCAUAGAAUUGGGAGUGGUAGAAUUGAGGGAUGGCAAAACAGAACUUCCUACUUUGCUGGCGACCUCCAUGGCUCUUAUUGCUAUAGAUACUAGUUAGCGCAUGAGUAGAUAUCUUACAUGAAUUUCAGACAAAACAUGUCAUUGACUCCCCCAUCCGUUAAUUUACUCCAUGCUUUUUCAUGUGGGAAUGAAGACACACUGAACUUAGCUGUGAUUGAGGGCUAAAUGGGAAUAGCAAUUGCGUGUUUUUAAUAUGACAAAAAUAUAAAAUAAAUGUAAUAAAAUAAGUAAAAAGACUCUUAAGGUAUGACUGACUCAGGGGACUACUGAGAUGGGGAAGCUCUCCUGUCUCAUUGUGUGUCUUGUCCUGCCUCAAGAUGACCACCAGGGGGCGGCAGACAGCAUAAUAACGACCAGCUCCUUUUCGAUGAAUGGUUGUGCUGUUGUGUCUGUCCUUGCCCAGCCCUGGUGUUCUUUAACCUGAUAUAAUACUUGAACUGGCUGAACUCUGCUUUCCCUUCGUACUUUUCUUUUUGGCUGUAUGUUGAUUGCUGUGCAUCGGUCAAUGUUCUUCUCUCCUCUCAAAAAGUGUAUUUCUUUUCAGCAGACUCCUGUUCUUUUAGGUAAACACUUCUGACACACCCUGUUUCAUGUUCAUGUUCCACCUUUCAUAACACAUGCAGAGAAAAAUGGUCAGGGGCCUUGUUUUACAUUUGAGCAUUUUGAGCUUCAAAAGGUGUCAUAAGACUUUCUAACACUGACAACACUGGUAUUAUUGUCAAAAGGACAUACAUUUCCUAGUUCACCACGAAACACAAAUGUUUUAUUGGAAUGUAAGUUGAAUUUUAGCAUGAAGAUACAGGUACCAGUCAUGGUAAUUAGGGAGUCUGUGCUGAAUUGUUGAACAGAUAUUGAUACUGCAAAAAGUUAAAAAAGAAAACAAGGUUCAAUUUGACCCUGUACCACAUAGUAAUAAUAUGCUUUACAUAAUUUAAUCAAAAUGAACAAAAUGAUCAUGAGGCAAGGACCUCCAAAAGUAGCCUCCCUUGAUAGUUAGGGACAACAUUUUCUUUGAUUUUCAAUAAAGAACUCAAACAAA